CUUCAUUACAAAAUUCUCUCAGUUCAGGUUUCUUUUUUCACAAGCAAAAUCUCAAACGUCUACUUCUUUUGUUUGUUUUUUUUUGUAACACCUCUCAAAUCGUAAUUUACUUUGCUUUCUUAGUUCUCAAAAUCUUACCAAACCAAGAACAAAUAAGUAUGAAGAGAGAAAGAUCUGAAUUCGAAGAAUCCAUCAAGAGUCUAGACAUUGCCAAAUGUCUGAUGAUAUUAGCACAAACUUCCAUGGUUAAACAGAUCGGUUUGAACCAGAACCAACAUACGGAGAGCCAUAUGAGCAACCGAUUCGAAUGCAAAACGUGUAACAGGAGAUUUUCUUCGUUUCAAGCCCUUGGUGGUCACCGGGCAAGCCAUAAGAAGCCAAAGCUCACUACCGUUGAGCAGAAAGAAGUGAAACAUCUUAGCAACAAUUAUAAAGGAAAUAAUCAUUUGCACGAGUGUUCGAUAUGCGGUCAAAGUUUUGGGACCGGACAGGCUUUAGGUGGUCACAUGAGACGACAUAGGUCAAGCAUGAAAGUCCAGCCAGCGUUCAUAUGUCCCGUGGUUCCUACCAUGCCUGUUUUGAAACGAUGCAGUAGUAGCAAGAGGGUUUUGAGUUUGGAUUUGAAUCUGACUCCGUUAGAGAAUGAUCUUGAAUAUAUUUUUGGGAAGACAUUUGUCCCAAAAAUAGAUAUGAAGUUCGUUCUUUAGUUUUUUUCUUUUCUUUCUCUCAGUCAUUUGUAUUGUAAUUCCCAUUCUUUUAUUAAUUCUUCAAACGUUAAUGUCAAAAAACUUCAUGGUAUAUAUAUGUUCGUUCUUGGUUUUUCAUGUACAAUUGAAAAAAAAAUUAAAUUAUAAAUUUCUA